AUGCCUUCCAUGCUGAAGUUCAUCAAUCCUUUCGCCGAGCACGAUGUCUCGGAGUUUCCAGAUGUCCUGGUCCCGCUCGAACAGGCUCGCGGGCAUCAUUCGGUCACUUCAGCCUCGAUAGGCGGUGCAAGGAGAUCUAGCGUUGACGACAGCAAUGUGGACAAGGAGAAAGCUGACCAUUCAUCUGCUUGGGACAGAGAGACUCUUGCCCCCGAUGACCAGCCAUCACUUACCCUGGAGAGCCUCAGAGCAGAGGUGGAACUCGAUCUCGCCGCUGGCGGACACGAUUCGUGAGUCCCGCCUUAGUAUCAGCAGUGUAUAGAGGUAGCAACGGCUAACAUGAGAUUCUGCUCUAGGUCUUAUGACAGUAUGUUUCCACGUAGCCUGCGGGUUGAUGAUCGCUUACAUGCAUGUGAUAGGGAAAUCCAAAGUUAUCAACAAAGCCAUUCAGGACAUAGGCAUGGGCAGGUAUCAAUGGCAACUGUUCAUAUUAGCAGGCUUCGGGUGGUUCGCAGACAACCUAUGGCUACAGGGCGUUGCUUCGACAUUACCUUCCUUGAGCGAGGAGUUCGGCGUCUCGUCGACACAAGUGAGGUACACCACCCUCAGUCUCUUCCUCGGUCUCUGCAUCGGUGCUAGCUUCUGGGGAAUCGCUUCGGACAUCGUUGGUCGCCGACUGGCGUUCAAUACUACACUCUUCUUGGCUGGCGUUUUCGGCCUUGCAGCUGGAGGUGGUCCCAACUGGAUUGGCACAUGCGCGCUCUAUGCUUGUGUUGGACUUGGUGUUGGAGGAAACCUGCCAGUGGAUGGCGCUCUCUUUUUGGAGUUCUUGCCCUUCAGCAGUGGGAAUCUAUUGACGCUCCUGUCCAUCUGGUGGCCUGUCGGGCAACUUGUCUCAUCACUGAUCGCGUGGGGCUUCAUUCCGAACUACUCAACCUAUUGGGGAUGGAGGUACUUCGUCCUGACCCUGGGAGCCAUCACCUUCGCCAUGUUUAUCUGCCGAUUCUUCCUGUUCCAUAUGUUCGAGUCGCCCAAGUUUCUUCUCUCCCAAGGCAGACAAGCCGAAGCUGUCGCGGUUGUGCACGGUAUCGCAUACUUCAACGGCAGCAAGACUUGGUUGACAGAGGACGUUCUGAACGCUAUUGGUGGCCAUCCGGACGACGUUGUGGACGACAAGCUCACAACUGCUGAGGUCAUCGGGAGACAAUUGAACAAGUUCAGUGGCGAACGUAUUGGACCGCUCUUCAAUGGAUGGAAGCUUGGACUUACUACCGGCUGCCUUUGGUUCAUCUGGACUUGCAUCGGUAGAUCUCCUCUCAGACCUGGCACUUCGCUGUGAACGCUGACACCUUUUAGGAAUGGGGUACCCUCUCUUCAACGCUUUCUUGCCACAGUAUCUGUCCCAAGUUGGCGGCCAAAGCGUUCCUCAAAGCGUCACAUACCGCGACUAUGCCAUCACCUCCGUCGUCGGCGUUCCUGGCUCGGCACUUGCGUGCUACACUGUGAACAUCAAGUAUUUCGGCCGCAAGGGAACGAUGGCUUCCGCUACGCUGCUCAGUGGUAUCUUCCUGAUUCUGUUUACCCGCGGGCAGACCGAAGGGUACCAAUUAGCGAUGAGCAGGUAUGUCAAUGCCCAGGCCGUUCCAAACUGUGAUUUACUGACCGAUCUCGCUAGCAUGGAAGCCUUCUUCCAGAACAUCAUGUACGGUAAGCAAAGCGCAUGCCAGUCUGUGUCGUAGAGAUAAUCACUGAUGCGCGUCGUUCCAGGCGUCCUCUACGCUUACACUCCAGAAGUGUUCCCAGCACCGAACAGAGGUACCGGCACGGGUAUCAGUUCCUUCCUCAACCGUCUGGCGGGUCUCUGCGCUCCCAUCGUGGCCGUGAAUGCCGGUCAAGCUGAUCCAAAAGCGCCAAUCUACGCAUCGGCUGGUCUCUUCUUCGCCGCUUUCGUUGCGAUGGUUUUGUUGCCGAUCGAGACUCGUGGAAGGCAGAGUUUGUAAAUGAGGGAUAUCCACAGGUAGCGGUUGAUAUACAUAGAUAUAGAAGCAUGACCAGGAUAUAUGUUACUAUGGUGUUGUUAAACUCUCGUAACUCGACCAGUGUUUUAGUAUGGUACCGUGGUGAGAAGGGUGAAGGGUGAGGUCUCAUCUCUCCAGCCAUGUUCAAAAGGGAAAGUGGAGAAGAUAGAAUGCCCGCCCAGGCCUCGCCGGGCAACACGGCUGCUGGAGAUCAGUUCUCCAGUUCUCAUCUCGCCAUCUCAGGGAAGUAGUAGUAGGACAUCACCUCUGCAGAAGCUGUUUCCCAUAACGAGAACCUCAAGACUACCUUGAUGCUUUGGUGCUGGUGAGACGGACCGGGAACGCAGCGCCAAGGAACUCCCGAAAAGCACCGACCACACUUCGCACCUCGUCUUCCCGCUGUGAAAUGGCUUCUCUUCCUCUCUUCUUCCUCUCCAAGGCCAUCAAAGGUCCUCGUUGUCCAUCAUUUCGAACGCUUCCAGCGAGUCGCGUCUCGCCUCGCGCUCACCGACAAUGGACGCGGCGGUCCUUUGCUUCCUCAACUCGCCGCGGCAUCGCGGUAGCGGAAAUGACUGAGCGCGAUUUUUCUUCCCUGAGGAUCGACCGGGAUCGAUUGAUGCAGGAUAUUCAUUCGACUAGUGAAUGGGGGAAAGGGGAGAGAUGGGGCGAGUAAGUUACAUCAAUCAUUUACAUGUCAUCCGGGUGAGGAAUUCUGUUACGAGGAUGAAAACACACAAGAUGCACCUUUUAUUCUAUCGAACCCUUGCUUCGUUUGGGGUCUUGAUGAGCGAACAGCCAAUUGAGAAAUGUAACGGCACUUCGAGUCAGAAUCGCGAGAGAUUGAUGGUUUGAAUCUCCCGGCUGAUGAAGACGUUUGAAAUCUAGUGGUCCUACAGAGAUUGGCAUGCGUCGCCUUUCGCUGUCAGAUUCGGAUAAGCAGGCUCGCGACUGGUUCGCUGAGACGACUCGAUCGCUUGGUUGCGAGGUCACGGUCGAUGCUAUGGGAAACCAAUUCGCCGUCCGGCCUGGCUUGAGCGAGGGUGCGCCGACUUAUGCUGGAUCUCAUUUGGACACGCAACCUACUGGUGGCCGUUAUGAUGGUAUACUUGGUGUCUGCGCUGGCGUUGAAAUGCUGAAAGUGCUCAACGACAAUUGGAUCGAGACGACGUUCCCCGUCGGGGUGGUAAACUGGACCAACGAAGAAGGUGCCCGCUUCCCUAUGAGUAUGGUCUCUUCUGGCGUGUGGGCCGAAUCCAUUCCUCUCGAAAAAGCACAUAAUCUCAAGUCUGUCAUUCCCUCCAAUGAUACCGCCUCCAUGAAAUCCGAGCUCGAACGGAUAGGCUAUCUUGGCUCAGUACCAGCGAGCUUCAAGAGCACUCCGAUGGCCGCGCACUUCGAACUGCACAUUGAGCAAGGCCCUAUUUUGGAAGCCGAAAGCCGCCGGAUAGGUAUCGUACAAGGCGUCCAAUCUUACAAAUGGUUCACCCUUACACUCAAAGGCCGAGAAAGCCAUACUGGUGCCACGCAAUUCCGACACCGUGCAGAUGCCCUUCUGACUGCCUCCAAGAUGAUCCUUGCAAGCCAUAAGAUCGCUCACAGGCAUGGUGCUUUGGCUAGUACCGGAAUCCUCAAUUUACAUCCUGGAUCGACGAAUACCGUGCCUGGAUGGGUGCAGUUUAGUCUGGACAUUCGAGCUCCGCUGGAUGAGACUGUCAAUGCUGUUGAAGAAGAAUGCAGGUCCGCCUUUUCUCAGAUCCUCUCUGGCGCGGAAGAUGUCUACGGCGUCAACGCCGGCUGCUCCCCAAGCUCAAAACAAUGCUCCCUCGAAUGGCGCACAGACUUCGUUUCUCCAGCGACACAUUUCCACAAAGACUGCAUUCGGUGCGUACAAGACGCCUCGAUCGACCUCUGCGGAAAUGGGCAAGUCGAAGGGCUGAAUGUCGGCGAUUUUGGCAAGUUGAUGACGAGCGGUGCUGGGCACGAUAGUGUCUAUACGAAUCAGCAUUGUCCCACCUCGAUGAUCUUUGUGCCUUGUCGGGACGGGGUUAGUCAUAACCCGGCGGAAUAUUCGAGUCCGGAGGCUUGUGGGGACGGGGCGAAUGUUUUGCUCGGCGCGGUCGUGCGGUAUGAUAAAUUGAGGGCCGAGAAGGAAAGUUCGUAA